AUGCGGCUGUACCUCGUCCCGAUUUCCACGGGACGAUCUCUCCUUUACUGCAAAAGAAUCGACACACGAACCGCAAAGGAGUUGAGCCGGAUUGACCGUAUCACCCAAAAAGCAUCGGAUACCUGGGCGAAGUGGGAGGAGGCGGAUAAGGGCUGGAAAAAAAGCCUGGUCACCUACGGAAACCGUGUGCUCCAGCGCAUACCAUACGAAGAAUGGGGUCUGAAGAGUGUGCCGCCAUUGAGCACGAGGAGACAAACUGAAGAGCUGCAGACCCAUACCCAGAUUUCGCUCGUGUACCCCAAGAAUGUGAUCCAGCAGGGCAAGGUACUGGACUUGCUGAGACAGUUGGCUACCGAGAGACAAAGUUUACACCGAAGUCGGAUGUUGUGGAGCAUAUGCAUUGCGCCAUUGACAGCUCCUAUCGCUCUCAUACCUCUCAUUCCUAAUAUCCCAUUUUUCUACUUCGUAUACCGCGGAUGGUCGCAUUGGAGAGCAUUGAGCGGCUCAAAACACCUGUGUUUUCUACUUGAUAACAACCUGAUAAAGCCGAGGUCCCUCCCGGCUUUAGAAACAUUUUACGCGAAACGACCGAUAAUCAACAAAACUGUUUCUUCCGAAACAAAUCCCAAAGACCCGGACACAGCCGAAGUGAUCUUAUUAAAAGAAUCGGAUGGCAAGCAGCUGGCGCAAAUCUUGGGGCCUCACGAGCUCGUCGCGGAGGUAGAGCGAGCCGUAGGUCAAGUAAGAUAUAUUCUUCAGGAGAAGAAAAAGGCGUGA